AGAGUUAACUGAUCGAUCAGCCCAACCUAGUCUCAAGAGAGAGACUGAAGCUCUAGAGGAGAAACAACGUGACUGGGAUGGAUUUGGGUCUUCUACUGUCGCUGGUUUUGACCUUAAUGGGAAGCUCAUCAGCAGCGCCAUCAGCAAAUGACCAGUACAGUAGAGCCGUGGAUUGGUUGAGCAGAUAUGGCUACCUUCCCCCUCCCGACCCCCGCACAAGUAAACUACAGACCAAAGAGGGGAUCGAGAAGGCCAUUCGUGUAAUGCAGAGAUUCGGCGGGGUCCCAGAAACAGGGGUGCUUGACAGUGAAACCUUCAAACUCAUGUCCACACCACGAUGCUCUCUGCCUGAUAUCGUUGGGGGUGAGGACAUGCUGAAGAGGAAGAGGAGGAGGCGGAGGAAGAGAUACGCUCUGUCAGGCCUUAAGUGGCAUAAGACAGACAUCACAUGGAGCGUCCACAGCUACCCAUCGCCCUCUCAAUCACCAAGCCUGACUAGCGGUACAGUGGACAGCAUCCUGACUCACGCCUUCAAAGCCUGGAGCGACGCUGCCCCCUUGAGAUUCCGUCGACUUGCUGCUAACAGCAGGGGGCCUGGAGGGGACAUCAGAGUGUCUUUUUCCAGCUUGCUGCACAACGAUGGGUACCCUUUUGACGGGCAGGGUGGCACCCUGGCCCACGCUUUCUUUCCCACCGGGGAUGAAAUAGCUGGUGACACUCACUUUGAUGAUCAUGAGAUCUGGAGCUAUGGAGGUAAUGACGGCAGCACAGACUUGUUCACAGUUGCAGUGCACGAGUUUGGCCAUGCACUUGGCCUGUCCCAUUCCUCCUCUGAUCCGUCCAUCAUGAGGCCGUACUACCAGGGCCCUGUGGGUGACAUCAACGGCUACCAGCUGGACCUGGACGACAAGCGAGCCAUCCAGCAGCUGUAUGGUGUGAAGGGUGGCGGGCCACCAGGUGGUGUUGAUCCUGACCUCCCACGCCUGCCCAGUCCUCCUCCUCCCAGACCAACACAGCAUUCUGACCCCACCUUCAAUGAGCGCUGUCAGGGAAGCUUUGAUGCCGUGGUCAAUGUGCGGGGAGAGGUCUUCUUUUUUAGAGGGGCACAAUUUUGGAGGACGCAGCAAGACAGGUCUUUGGUGUCCCUCUAUCCGGCCUUGAUCAAAAACUUCUGGAUGGGUCUGCCACCAGAUACAAACAAGAUCGAUGCUGUGUAUGAGAGGAAGAGUGACAGCACCAUUGUCUUCUUUAUUGGAGCUCAAUACUGGGUCUUCAAGGAUAGACAGGCUAUGAGAGGUUACCCUCGAUCACUCUCUGAAUGGGGCAUGAAGACAAGAAAUGGAAAGUCCGUGGAAAGGGUGGAUGCUGCCUUCGUCUGGGCCCACAACGGCAAGACCUACCUGUUCAGUGGUGGGGAGUUUUGGAGGUUUGAUGAGAGUCGUAAAGGCGAACAGGGCCCCAGGCAGCCGGAGCCGGGUUAUCCUCGUGACAACAGCCUGUGGGCAGGAGUGCCCCCAGAUAUGGAUGACAUCAUCAGCUGGGGGGCAGGAGAUGCCUACUUCUUCAAGGACAACCAUUACUGGGUGCUGUUGAACGGUGGACUCAACCAAGGUGAAAUCUCUCCAAAAUCCAUCGCAGUGGAUUGGCUCAGAUGCCCUGCAGCCUCCACUACAGUCAUUCCUCAGAGACCAAAGGAGUGCCACUGUGACUUAAAGGGAUUAUCUUCGUUUGUAAGAAGCAGCUUACUCUCGCUGAUCUCUGUUGUACUUGUAACUAAUGUGUUUAUUUAAGAAUAGACGCUCAAUUAGAUUUAAAAUUCUUUAUAUAUAUAUUUUUUACCAUCUCCUCAAUCUUCUGGAGGGUAGUAAAGGGCCAUUACACCAUUAUCCACUCAGGAUACAUUAAAACCCACAAGCUGGUUUUGAAUUACAGACUAGUAUCAUCAAAAAGCUUACAUUCAAUCUUUGCCUUAUACUCUGAUAUAACAGAAACAUAAAGCUUGAACUGGAUCUCUCUAUCACAAGCCUCUUAAAAAGCCUGAAACUUGAUUUUAAACGUGUGCAGCAACCCUGCUUAUGUACUGGCAUCUGGACUGCAACCUCAAACUACCAGUUUAAAUUAACUGCAGGUGUAAACUAGAUGAUUUUAUUACACUUGUUUUACAUAGAUAGGAGCUUACAAACAAACAGAAAGGUUUCUAAUUAUUUUUGUGAAUAUUUGACUUUGCUGAUCAUUUUUACUCAAUUGUUACAUGUGACGUAGGUAAGACCAGAUGUACAUAUUCUAAAGGUGUAUGUUGUUUUGAAGUCAUCAAAAGGAACAGAUUUAAGGAACUAUUAUAAACCAUUGUCAUUCAAAUGUUGUGCUUUUGUGUGGUAUCUUUGUCCCCAUCUAAAGCUGUAUUUUAAACUA